GAAGUCAUCUCACCUGCAGUCACACCAGUGGAUUCACAAUGGCGAGAGGCCGUUCACCUGUUCCGUGUGCAGGGAAAGUAUUUAUAGAUACAUCUCAGCUACAAUUUCACCAGCGAACUCACACUGUGGGGAGGCCGUUCAAUUGUUCUGUGUGUGGGAAGGGGUUCACUGGGUUGAACUGUCUGAAAAGACAUGAGCGAGUUCACACCGGGGAGAGACCAUUCACUUGUUUUGUGUGUGAGAGGCGAUUUAUGGAUGCACCUCAGCUAAAAUCACACCUGUGGACUCACACGGGAGAGAAGCCGUUCACUUGUUCUGUGUGUGACAAGGGGUUUGGUAAUUUAGAUGGGCUACAAAUACACCAGCGACUACACACUGGGGAGAGGCCGUACACUUGCUCUGUGUGUGGGAAGGGAUUCGCUCAGUCUUCCCACCUGAAGACCCACCAGCGAGUUCACAGUGCCUCUCCCAACUGUGGGCAGGUUUGCACUGAUGACCUGGUGGCCAAGCAGCAAGUUCACACUGAGUCUUACAGGAUAGAACAAGCACAGGAUAUUGAUGCUCGGGAAUCUCAAACUCCUUCCGUUAACCAGCAGCUGAAUGCGUGGGAGGGAUUCACUGUGUCAACUGAGCCGACGAGGCACCAUAAAUACCGCAGCAUGGAGACAUUAUUCACUAGCUCUGAGAGUGAGCUGGGAUUCACUCAAUCUUCCUACCAGCAAGAUCACGCUGAGGAGAAAUCAUUUCCCUGUCCCGAUUGUGGGAAGGUAUUCACCCAAGCAAACAACCUGAAGAGACACCAAAAGCAAGUUCACACUGAGGAGAAUCCAAUUUCCUGUCCAGAUUGUGGGAAGGGAUUCUCUCAGGCCUGCAGCCUGAAGAGACACCAACGGCAGGUUCACGCUGAAGAGAAACUAUUUCCCUGUCCCGAUUGUGGGAAGCGAUUCUCUCAGGCUGGCAACCUGAAGACACACCAGAGAAUUCACACGGGUGAGAAGCCAUUCACCUGUUCCGUUUGUGGGAAGGGAUUUACUACUUCAUCUGCACUACAGACACACCAGCGGAUUCACACAGGUGAGAAGCCCUACACCUGUUCUGUUUGUGGGAAGGGAUUUAUUGCUUCAUCUGGGCUACAGAAACACUUUCAAAUUCACACCGGGGAGAGACUGUUCCACUGCUCGGAGUGUGACAGGGGAUUUAUGCAGUCAUCUCACCUAAAGAUACACCAGCGGAGUCACAGUGGAGAGAGGCCGUUCAUUUGUUCUGAGUGUGGAAAGGGAUUUAUUGACUUAUCUGGGAUACAGAGACACCAGCAGAUACACAGCGGGGAGAGGCCAUUCAUCUGCUCUGAGUGUGGGAAGGGAUUUAUAUAUCCGUCUCACCUACAGUCACACCAGCGGACUCACACUGGGGAGAAGCCGUACAUUUGUUCUGUGUGUGGCAAGGGUUUCAUUUAUUCAUCUGAAUUGUUGAGACACCAGCGAAUUCACACCGGGGAGAGGCCGUUCGCCUGCUCCAAGUGUGGGAAGAGAUUCAUUCAGUCUUCCCAGCUGAAGACGCACCAGCGAGUUCACGCUCCGAGGAAACUAUUUGCCUCUCCCAACUGUGGGCAGGUCAACACUGAUGAUCUGGUGACCAACCAGAAAAUCCACACUGAGCCGAUACCAAGCCAAGAUCGCUAUAGGACCAAGCGCGGAGAUCCCAGGAAGUGGUGCUGCCAAGGCGCGCAUGCGGUCCGUGGACGCAAGACUCCGGAGGAUCGGCGGCGGGUAGGAGCGGGGAUCCGGGCGCGGGAUCAGUCAGCACCGAGGCCCGGCCUGAGGAGCGGCCCCCGGCUGCGGGGAGAAUCGGUGCGGCCCUCGGGGACACGGUGGCCCGUCACCUGGGGACGGUGCGGCCAUGGGAUAGAACAAGCAGAGGAUAUUGAUGCUCGGGAAUCACAAACUCCUUCAGUUAACCAGCACCUGAACGCGUGGGAGGGAUUCACUGUGUCAGCUGAGCCGAUGAGGCACCAUAAAUUCCGCAGCAUGGAGACAUUAUUCACUAGCUCUGAGAGUGAGCUGGGAUUCACUCAAUCUUCCCACCAGCAAGAUCACGCUGUGGAGAAACCAUUUCCCUGUCCCGAUUGUGGGAAGGGAUUCACUCAAGCAAACAACCUGAAGAGACACCAAAAGCAAAUUCACGCUGAAGAGAAACUAUUUACCUGUCCUGAUUGUGGGAAGCGAUUCUCUCAGGCCGGUAACCUGAAGAGACACCAGAGAAUUCACACAGGGGAGAAGCCAUUCACCUGUUCUGUGUGUGGGAAGGGAUUUACUGCAUCAUCUGGGCUACAGACACACCAGCGGAUUCACACUGGGGAGAGGCCGUUCACCUGUUCUGAGUGUGGGAAGGGAUUUGUUCAAUUGGCAAACCUCAGGACACACCAUCAAAUUCACACCGGGGUGAGACCGUUCAUCUGCUCUGAGUGUGGGAAAGGAUUUAUGCAGUCAUCUCACCUUCAGUCACACCUACGGAUUCACACUGGAGAGAGGCCGUUCACUUGUUCUGAGUGUGGGAAGGGAUUUAUUGACGCAUCUGCGGUACAGAGACACCAGCAGAUGCCCAGCGGGAAGAGGCCGUUCACCUGCUCUGAGUGUGGGAAGGGAUUUAUGCAGUCAUCUCACCUGCAGUCACACCAGCGGAUUCACACCGGGGAGAGGCCGUUCCCUUGUUCUGUGUGCGGGAAAGUAUUUAUAGAUACAUCUCGGCUACAAUUACACCAGCGAACUCACACUGGGGAGAGGCCGUUCGCCUGUUCUGUGUGCGGGAAAGGAUUCACUGGGUUGAACUGCCUGAAAAGACAUGAGCGAGUUCACACCGGGGAGAGACCGUUCACUUGUUUUGUGUGUGAGAAGGGAUUUAUGGAUGCAUCUCAGCUCAAAUCACACCUGCGGACUCACACGGGAGAGAAGCCGUUCACUUGUUCUGUGUGUGACAAGGGGUUUGGUAAAUUACAUGGGCUACAAAUACACCAGCGAAUACACACUGGGGAGAGGCCGUACACUUGUUCUGUCUGUGGGAAGGGGUUUACUAACUUAGCUGCGUUACAAACACACCAAAGAAUUCUCACUGGAGAGAGGCCGUACACCUGCUCUGAGUGUGGGAAGGGAUUCACUCAGUCUUCCCACCUGAAGACCCACCAGCGAGUUCACGCUCCCUCUCAACUAUGGGCAGGUUUGCAUUGAUACAUAGAAAAUAGGUGCCGGAGUAGGCCAGUCGGCCGUUCGAGCCUGCACCGCCAUUCAAUAUGAUCAUGUGGCCCUUUAGCCACAAGGGCUACAUCUAACUCCCUCUUAAAUAUAGCCAAUGAACUGGCCUCAACUACCAUCUGUGGCAGAGAGUUCCAGAGAUUCACCACUCUCUGUGUGAAAAAUGUUUGAUGACCUGGUGGCCAAGCAGCAAAUUCAUACUGAGUAGAGGCCGUCCACCUGUUCUGUGUGUGGGAAGAGAUUUGCUCAGUCUUCCAACCUGGUGACCCCCAUGAGUGAGUUUACACUGAGGGGAGCUGUGGGAGAGAUAAUCAUCACAGUUGCUGAAUCUGGUCGCAAGUCCACAAGUGUCUGCUGGUGUUGGAGUCUAGUUUCUGCUGCUGCUCAUCACAUCGAAUGUAUUUUAUUAUUUUUGUCACGUGCACUGAAAAGCUUUUGCAUGGGGUGAAGCCUCGCGGGCACUGGCAGUCGUGGAUGGGCCACAUGGGAGCCAGAGGACGAGCUGUUGCGAAUAAAAGGGGGGGGGGUGCAGAACAAAGGAGGACCGCUGUGAGGGGUGAGGGAGAGAAUAAAGGAGGGCCCUUCGGUAGGCAAGCAAAGCGUUUAACUGUGACUUGUCACAUGUGACAAUAAAGCAUUCAUUCAUUUAAGGGAAAGACAAUACAUGAUGACAAUAGCUAUUGUCAUUGCUGUAUCUGAGUUGGAUUUAAUAUUCUGGGUCUGUGAUAAAUAAAUGAGUUUGAUUGUAAACCCAGUGUCUCAGGUCCUUGUCUCUGCAACACACUCGAUGCAUGUGGAUAGGCCAUUCAGCCCAGCUGUUCCCUGCCAGGUGGCGCAUGCGCAUCGAUCGCACGGUGACGGAUAGACCGGUUUCUGACUCGUGGGGGGUUGUGGGUAAAGAGGCGGCCAUGUCCAACACACCUGCGAUGUGCUGCAGAUUCGCAGAGUGUGUUUGUGACCGCAAGCAUGGAUUUCCCGCCCCAAGAGUGUGUGAUCGGAAGAUACCAGCAAUUACAGGAGCACGGUCAUCUAACUGGCACUCUGGCAUUGCCAUCGUCCAGUUCAUCACCAUCAAUCCCCUGGGGGUGGGCCUUUAAAGAAGAAUAUCCACUGGACUGGCCACGGAUAUACUCAUAGUGGGAACGUGGGACUUGCUCGACAGGCGAGGCUACCCUCACAGUGAUGGAGUAAAAACCUGGGCCAAAUCACAGGAAGAUGACUGGCAGAGACGGCCCACUGUGGCGCAGGGUAAAAUAAAGUUGCUGUUGAUUGU